AGGCCAAGGCCACCGUGUCAUCCUUGACACUGACAUCCGUGUACACACGUAUGUACAUGUACAUCACAUGAAAUUGAUUAACUUUUUGUUUGGAUCUGGAUUGAUGACUCUUUUGAUAAGACGGAUGACCGCAUUAUAUCAAGAGUUGACCUAAAAACCAGGUGCUGGGUGGACAUGAGGUUGUGAUUGGCUGGAACCAGUCAACUUGUGAAGUUGUGACUGUGCCAUGAUUUGCAGGAAAAAAGAUGUAAAGUGUUAGGACAUUGUAGGCCUUCAUGUACAUCACUACAGUUACAGGUAGCAUACCGGUAGUUAGUACAUGUAUGAUCCCCAGCUGAUUUCACAAAGCACAGACACUUUCCACAUGUACUUCAAUGGAACACCAGAAACCCAUAGACGCUCUCCAGGCCACAAUCCCUGCCACACCCAGUGACAAUGCCGUGGAGCCCAUCCUAGACGCACCCAAGGUCACAUCCCAGGAUGAAUGCCAGAGAGCACCCACACCGGGUGAAGUGACACACCACGAGGCUAUGAAGAUCAUGCGCGAUGGACUGGCAGAGAUCAUCAGAGAUGACCCCCUUCUCAGUGACCUCCCUGCUGAGGUGACAGCUGAGGAAGUAGGCCUCCAGAUUGCACUGGAGUACGGCCAAGCUAUGACUGUCAAUGUGCAGAAAUUCACUGGGGAGUUGAUGCCUAUUGUAGUCCUCCAAGGAGCCAGGGUGCAAGACUUGAAGCAUGCCAUCCAGCGAUAUGUAACUCUGAAGGAGUCCAGAAAGGGCAGCCAAGUCAGCAUUAGUUGGAAAUACAUCUGGCGGACCUACUCCCUCUGCUAUGAAGGAGAACAGCUGGACAAGAACAAGAAACUCAAAGAAUAUGGCAUCCGGAAUAGAGACACUGUGACCUUUGUCAAGAGGCUGCGACACCAGGGGUACAAAUACUAACCCCGUGUCUGGGACAGAUGUUUGCUCGAUCCUUCUGGUAUCAAAGGAGAUGGGAACAAGUUCAAUUGCAACCGAGUGGCUAUCUUGGCAUAUCAAUGGGACUGUUACAACACAGUGGUUUGUUUUACUGGAGCACUUGACAUGAAGCAAUUCUGAAGCAAGGGAAUAAAAUGGGCCCUAUUACACAGAAUAUACCAGACAUGCCAGAGCUGUACCUGUUAGUGCCAAUGAAGACCUACCAAAAGAUGAGUUCAUGAGCUCUAAUCUCCUUUUAUUCCUAUGUGAAAUUUGUCAUGGAACACAUUGCAACAUUCAUCACUACGUCGUACAUGUAUAUGUUAUAUCCGUCUUGUCUCUAAAAAUUGACAAAUGUGCUUGUGGCAAUGUUUAGGGUUCCAGUUGUGAAAGCUUGACCCUAGCUCCAGAUGAAAAAGACAGUGGAUAAGAAGAUCUGCUUUUACACAAUGCAAAACUACAUGACACACAAACCUUCCAAGACUUUUAUUGUAUCCUCAUACUAUAAAAAGCACGACUACUUUGAUUUAUUUGUAUUUGUAAAUAAAACACAGGAUGGAAAAAUA